GCCAGGCUUCUCACGCUGUGUCCACGGCUGCGUCGGUGUAGGCUGUUGAUUGCAUUCAUUGAGCAUCAUGACGACGUUUUUGCCGCUCAACGAGGACACGGACGGUCAGAAGGCCGCGGUGGGCAUAGCCGACUGGCUGCUGGACAACUGCAUCAAGCCGCGGCUGCCGACCGAGGAGGCCAACACCUUCUGGACCGAGUUCUCCGAGACCUUCAAGCAGCAGGACUUCAUCCAGAUCUUCCACCUGCUGCUCAAGUACGAGCCGCAGGUGUUCCAGACCAUCACCCUCGCCGAAACCCCCGAGGCCAAGCUCAAGGCCCUCAAGGAAUGCGAGGGGUUCUUCACCGUGCUCAUGUCGAUCCUGCUGCGGUUCGAGGAUGAGGACGAGAUCAUGCGGUCCGCAGAGACCCUCGGCAAGGCCCUCUCCCGCGACACCGACACCCCCGACCUCCGGCUGCGUCUGCUGAUGGCCCUAUACAACAUGUUCCAGCCGGCCUUUCCAGUGCGGUACCCCGUGUUUGUGUCGAUAGUGCAGUACGCGGCCAAGGUGGAGCGGUUCGAGGUGCUGGUGCCGUACCUCAGCUGCCUGGAGGCCUGGAUGGCCGACUGGAACCUCAAGCCCAAGCAGAGGAGGGCGCUGCACCAGGCCAUCGGCAAGAACCUCAAGAAGGCAAACAGGGGCAAUGUGGCCUUCAAACACAUCAAGGAAUUCCUCAAAGGUAGGUUUGUGAGGCAAGGGGCAGGUGCACAUCCAUUCCAUGCAUCCCUGCGUGUUUGGAUGUGUUGUGUUGCAUCGUGUGUGUUGCAGGUUACCAGGGUGAGAGUGAGUCCGAGUUGGACAAGGAGGAGGUGAUCAGCGCGGCGAUGGAGCUGUGCGAGGAUGCCAUCCGGCUGCCCUCCCUCAUGUACUACGACUCCAUCCUCUCACUGGAUGCCGUCCGACACCUCCAGCACACCCCCUACAAGAAACUCGUCGAGCUCGUCGAGAUCCUCACCGAGGGCGGCCUGCCGGAGCUCAAGGCCUUCUACGAAGCAAACGGCAAGCUCUUCCAGGAGCACGACAUCAGCUUUGACGCGUGCGCCCGCAAGAUCCGUCUGCUCUCCCUGACCUCCCUGGCGCUCGGCAAGAGUGAGCUCUCGCUGGACCUGAUCGGCGAGACCCUCGACGUCCCUGCUGGUGAGGUGGAGAGCUGGGUGGUGACGGCCAUCGGGCAGGGGCUGCUGGACGCGCGCAUCGACCAGAUGAGGCGGGUGGUGCUGAUCAAGUCGGCCAUGCAGCGGCAGUUCGGGCGGCCGCAGUGGGAGACGCUCAAGCAGCGCCUCGUGGCCUGGCAGAAGAACGUCGAGCAGCUCAUGAGCGUGUGGGAGAGCACGAGACAGAAGAGGGGCGAGGCCAUCGGCGAGAUGACCAGCGGCAUGCUCGCCAACGGCCACGGCGGGCGGGACAGCAGCAGUGAUUUCAGACGAUGAUGCGAUGGACAGGGGGUGGGGGUGUUCGGUUGUGCAAUGCGAUACGAUGCGAGGUUGGUGUUUUGACGAGGGAGAAGCUGACUGACUGACUCACCCACCGGCAGGCUGCUGAUUUGAUCUAUCGUCUUUUAAGCAAGCUGUCUGCCUGCCUAUUACGUGUGUGUGCGCGUGGUGCAUGAGACUUCCCUGUGCUGUGGAUGUGAUGUGGGCAUCUGUCGUCCACUGAACUGAAGCAAUCAAUGCUGAGGAUUCACGAGUGAGGUUCCUGCACUUAGCCUGCCUGCCCAUCGACUCGACAAACACACACACGCAGGCAGGCCGAAAGACAGCC